GCCGGGCGGGCGCGCUGCAUGAUGUCAUUCAUCAAGUAAGCACACACUCACACAUCGAACAGCGUUUGACUCGGACGUGUCUCGUUGACCCGCGCGCCUGUUUACAUUCUGUACACAGUGACUCCACGGUGUGCCGUGUUUGUGAUUUAUUUAAUUUAUUUAUUGUAAAAUAGUUAUUAGUUCAUAAUGGCCAACAACCGUGCUGCCAAGUCUGGAUUUGCCGCCGAAGCUCAGAGAAAGAUUAACAGCAAAUACAGCGAGGAGCUUGCGCAGGAGUCGUUAGAAUGGAUCCGACUGUUAACUGGCGAGCCGGAGAACACGUCAGGAGAUAUGGACAACUUCUACGAAGUGCUUAAAGACGGCACGCUACUGUGCAAAUUAGUAAACAAGAUCCAACCUGACCUAGUGAAGAAGGUUAACAAUUCCAAAAUGGCGUUCAAAUGUAUGGAGAAUAUAAACGCCUUCCUCGAAGCAGCGAGGCAGCUCGGCGUGCCGGCGCAGGAGACGUUCCAAACAGUCGACCUUUGGGAGAGGCAGAAUCUGAAUUCCGUCGUCAUCUGCCUACAGUCACUUGGCAGGAAGGCUGGCAACUACGGCAAACCAUCCAUCGGGCCCAAAGAAGCUGAAAAGAACGUGAGGAACUUCUCAGAGGAACAACUGAGGGCCGGACAAGGCGUCAUCUCCCUACAAUACGGAUCAAACAAGGGAGCCAACCAGAGUGGCAUUAACUUUGGCAACACAAGGCACAUGUAAACUGCCUUGGCACAACGUGCUUCCUUUAUUGACAAUUGAUAAUAUGGCUGCCAUUAAACAAAAAGUACAAUGACAGCUAUUCAUCAAGACACAAAUAAAGUAGUUCUGUACUUACUAGAUCCAUGUUAAUAACGACUUAUUAGUAUAGAGGAAACAAAUCUAAAUUCUCACGACACGAAUCUCUUGUCUUCAAUAUUUGGAGCAAUUCCGAAUUCAUUCCAUUUAUUGGGUCUAUACUGCUCGUAUUAGCUUCGUUAAUUUGCAUUUAGCGAUACUGAAACUAACUAAUUGGUAUUUAAGUCGAAAUUUAAUUCACUUGAUAAAUUCCAAGCGUUAAUUCCAAUAAAUAUUCCAAUUUAAUCUAAGUCUUAAGUGUGUAAGUCAGCAAGCAUUUGAUUUUAAAUUAACUAGUUUUAUAGUAAAAAUAAUUCGCUUAUUUUUUAUUAUAUUUUUGUAAUAAUUCUCAUAAUAUUGUGCCAAUGUUUCUCAUCUGUUUUUAUAAUAAAACCGUUAAACAGUACAAUUAUUAGAAAUAUAACUUCUUUUAUAAUAUUAUAUAGUACUAUCGUGCCUUCAAGCCCUUUAAGGGCCACUACAUUGUUUUCCAAUGGUGUCUAACAAAACAUUCUCUUUGGAACUAAAAGAUCAGGGUUUUCCAAUUUAUAUAAUUUAUUGAAAAUUUAAAUUUAAUCAUUCCAAAAUGUAUUUAAUAUGUUAGUACACACUGUGAUUAAUGAUUUUAAUUCACGUAUUACUAUAUAUUUUCUUAUAUAGUUAUAUAUAAUGAUCCUUAAUAUAUAGUAUUGUAAGUUUCGUAAAGUUAUUUCGGCUUUAUGGAAGUACGUAGAAUAAAAUAAGUUAAAAUA